AUAUAGAUAUACACGCACACACGCUUAACCUUAUUUCUUCUUUCCCAAUCCUGCAAAUGACUCAGUUUUAACCUCCAUCUUGACAGCUUAUUGGAGGGUUUAAGAAUAAAGACAUGUUGAAGCAGGUGCUUCAAAAGGUUUGGAGCAAAGGGUAUUAUGGGCAAAGAGGAGAGAGUUAUAUGAAUUGCUUGUGCGUUCCUGCAAUUGGUUUCCACAGUGGACAUGUUCAUUCUGCACCAAGAAGCUUUUUCGGGGUAGAGGAUUUCCUCGAUGAUAACAAUAGCCGGCCAUACACCUACAAGAAAGAGAGGAAGUCGAAAAACCCGCAAAAGCAUGUAUCAUUCAAACAACGCACCGAGGCCUACAUGGAACCAUUCACACUCGACGUGUUGAUCUCGAAGCGCUUUGUGACGGCGUCGCUUACCCACAGGGUAACGAGCAAGCAGGUUGCAGUCGCUGGCACAAACUCUAAGGACAUUAAAGCUGCACUCAAGUCCCGAUCAGAUAUACCCGCGUGUCUGGCCAUUGGCCGUAUUUUGGCUGACAGGGCAAGAGAAGCUGAUGUCUACACUGCUUCUUACACACCAAGGGACAGGGACAAGUUUGAAGGGAAGAUAAGAGCAGUCGUUCAAUCUCUUAUUGAUAAUGGAAUUGAUGUUAAGAUUUAUCUUGACUAAUUUUCAGUGGCUUCUUCUUAUAAAGUAAAAUGACUCUUGAACCUCAUGGGGUUUUGCAGAGUUGCCAUUGCCAUAUUGCAAUAAUCAACUAGAUGUGAGAAAUGGUCGAGGUCUUGAAAGUAGCUUAAGAGGGACAAA